AUGGCUACGUCAUCAUUCUCGUAUCUACUGACUACUUGGUCAGUGUGUAGAUAUGCAGCAAUCAAUUUAUUUCUUUUUUUGCCUCUCUUUCAUUCAUUUCAUCUUUUCCGUGUCCUCACUAUUGUUCCCCCCACCCUCUUUUUCUUAAAUUUAAGGACACCAAUUACACCUUUCUCUGUCUUUUUACCUGUUUUUUGUAUCCACCAUCUUUUUUACGUUGGCCGUUCUCUUAUAUUUCUAUCUUUUUUCUCCCUUUUCGUAACUCUCACAACAUUCACACUCUUUUUUCAUCUUUACCUUUUUUUUCCAUCUCUCCCGAUCUUUUUCUCUUAUUCUAUCUCCUUCUUUUUUCUUUCUUCUAUUCUCAUGUAUGUGAUCUGUUUCAAUAUGCAUCCUUCCAAAAUUCUAUCUAUCUAUCUAUCUAUCUAUCUAUCUAUCUAUCUAUCUAUCUAUCUAUCCGAUUCUGUUCAUAUCUAUCUAUCUGAUUCUGUUCAUAUCUAUCUAUCUAUCUAUCUAUCUAUCUAUCUAUCUAUCUAUCUAUCUAUCUAUCUAUCCGAUUCUGUUCAUAUCUAUCUAUCUGAUUCUGUUCAUAUCUAUCUAUCUAUCUAUCUAUCUAUCUAUCUAUCUAUCUAUCUAUCUAUCCGAUUCUUGUCUUCAUUAUCUAUAUCUAUCUAUCUAUCUAUCUAUCUAUCUAUCUAUCUAUCUAUCAGUCUUAUUGUCAUUAUCUAUCUAUCUCAGUCUGUUCAUAAUCUAUCUAUCUCAGUAUUGUCAUUAUCUAUCUAUUUAUCUAUCUAUCCCAUUUCUCUUUUAUUCUGUCUACACUUAAUCAACUUAAUCUCUCUGCCUUCCUCUCUUUUUAUCUUUGUUGCUAUCUUGCUUUCUCACUUCAUUCAUUUAUUCGUCACUUCUUUUUAUUCCUAUUUUUGUAGUUUUCUUUUUCUUUUCUUUUCUUUUCUUUUCUUUUCUUUUCUUUUCUUUUCUGUCCACGCACCAUAUUUUCUCCUUUACGAUCACAGCUUAAAUUUUCACCUCUUUCUAUCUUUUUCUUCCUUUCCUCUUUCCACUAGACAAUGUAACUCUUGCUUUCAUUUUUAUUUCACUCUAUUUUUCUCAUCUUACGCUUACUAUCUUCCUCCUCUUCUCGAACCAACCACCUCUCUUGCCUUUUCACUAAAUUUCUGUUUAUUUUGA